AUGAGCGAGAGCAGCAGUAGCCUGGACGGUGGUCUCACUUGUUGGCCGGGUGUCGUCGUGUCGGCACUGAAGUCGGCUCCGUCCGCCACCACCGCCUCCUCAGCGGCGCUGCUGCUCAACUCAAACUCACAAACAACUGAGACCAUGCAGUUCCCGGCGCGACUUCUGGCGGUGUUCCUGCUGGCCGUAUUGGUGGCAGCGCUCUGUUGUGAGGCGCGGUACCUGCCCACCCGGUCAGACGAUUCCAACGUGCGGGCCAUCAAACAGCUUCUCACCGCGAUGCUGAACAAUGCCGAGCAGCAGCAGUACCCGUCGCGGCUGGACCAGCUGCCCAAGACGGUGCUGUUCUCGCCCAACGCCGGCUACGACUAGUGGCGGGCCGACACCUCGACCAACGUGUUUGACCUUCAAUGACCCGCCUUCGACAAGCACCGACCGCCUUCCGGCCGCCUGUGAAGACCAAACGCCCGGGCUGAGUGCCCUAAACGGCGGGCCCCGGGCUCGUGCAAAUCCCUGAGCGCGGCGGCCCUCCAGAUACCACGACGGCGGCAACAAGCGCAGCGCUGAGCCGUCUAAAUCUAACCCUGCUCCGGCCUGUAGUGGGUGACAUCACCAACAUACUGGCAGAUCUGUAACGAUUAGUUAACCCGUCCUGGUCGGUUCUCUCAACCUAUCAGGUGGCACAUUUUGGUAGUCUCAGACUGGGAUCUACCGCGUCGGCCUCUCUCAUGCCAGUCACGCGGAGCGGUGUAUUGAUGAUGAUGGGAAUCAUGAGCUCUGAGAUUCCGCACAGGUUAUUUACAGUCAGUGGGGCCACUGGUAUGGGAGAGGCUGUGAAAAGGCCAGCGAGCUGCGUCACUCUAUCACGAGAGGCUGGAUACGUGGUAGGGGAUGCAGUAAAGACGCUGCCGCCGUCUAAAGUUUGCUAAAAUUUCGCACUUCAGUUGGAAAGCUUAUCAUGUAUAGCGCUGGAGGAGACAUGCAACAAUAAACAGCUACACAGUGAUGCAUUGACAUUGUUCUGUUUGACAUUGUUGUGCAUUGUUUGUAAAUUGGCUGGUUGUUAUGCUUCACUCAGUUUGCCAACGUUUUAGUUGUCUAAUUCACAAAUCGGAGGACAAAGAUGCUACCAUGUAAAGUUGUGCCUACUUCAGCCAUCUUUCGCCCUUUGUGGUCUGAUCAGGUGGUCUCGGGUUCAGGAGCUACUGUCGAUCAAGUAAUAACACCGUCGUUUUACGUGUGUGUUGUGUGUUUAAUAUAUAAUAUACUUAUUAAAUGAUAUUACUAAACACACUAUUUCAUAGCCUGGCCGAAAGAGAGAGGCGGGAGCCAAGACAAUAUGACUAAAUGCAGCCUGCGCUGGUGUUUCCAACCGAACAAUGAGCCUGAUUGGGCUCAGAAGGUUAUGUGAGCGGAGUUUCGAAUACAUUUGAUGUUUGCUA